AUGCCGAACGACAUCGCAUCAUUUUCCACUGCACCGGAGCCAGCUGCGCAAAAUGAACCGACUAGCAUGACGAUCAUCGCAGAUCAUCAUCCCUCGAACGCGCCAGAAUCUACCGGAACAUUUUCCACUGCCCGGGGGCCAGCUGAGCAAAAUGACACGCCGAACGACAUCGCAUCAUUUUCCACUGCACCGGAGCUAGCUGCGCAAAAUGAACCAACUAGCAUGACGCUCACCGCAGAUCAUCAUACGAACCCGUCAUACUCUGCCGGAACAUUUUCCUCUGCACGGGGGCCAGUUGGGCAAAAUGACACGCCGAACGCAAUCGCAUCAUUUUCCACUGCACCGGAGCCAGCUGAGCAAAAUGAACCGGCUAGCACGACGUUCACCGCACAUCAUAAUCCGGCGAACGUGCCCGACUUUAGCGGAACAUUUUCCACUGCACCUAAGCCAGCUGCGCAAAGUGAACCGGCAAGCACAACGCUCGCAUCCGCCGCUACUAGAACAUUUGACGCUGCACGGGAGCCAGGUGGGAAAAAUGAAUCGCCGAACGCUUUGGGAUCAUUUUCCACUUCACCGGAGCCAGCUAGGCAGAAUGAACCUACAAACACAACGUACCCUAAACACGAUCACACCACUUAUACACUUUACACUAUCGAAGCACUUGACACUGCACCUAAGCCAGCUGCGCAAGAAGAACCGACGAACACAACCCACGCCACUGGAGAUCACACGCCACUUUCACAAACGAUUUGUGCAGCUUGUGUGAAGCGAUCACACACGCAGAUAUUGUUCCGCACUGCACUAAUCUUUGACCACGACCCACGUAGCAGCGUGCAGCCAGAACGAGCACUAUCGACCAGUGCCUCGCAACCCGACUUUACUAGCAACCGGGUUGCUCAAAAGUCGUCGUCCCCAAUCGACAACAUCAUCGAGGCUUCUCGGAAUCCUGCGUUAAAGACCGAUUGCACCGCCGCGUCCACAAUCGUCUGCAUGGUAUCCCUGGAGAAGCCGCUCGAUCGAUCUUCGAGUUCGGAGGAGCUAAAAGUAAACGUAACGGUCCACACCUACACACCUGCGAAGGCUCCAGAUUUCGGUACACUUUGGAAAGCUGCGGUGAAAACAGCACACCGUAGCCAUCACUACAACGCUGAGCGUACCAGCAAACACGACACGAAGUGCCACUACCAGAAGAAGCACAUCCUUGCCAAACCGUACGCGUGCGACGUGUGCAACGUAAGGUUCUGGCGCAAGCUACAGUUGAAGCUGUAUAAAAUUCGCCACACGGGCCAGUAUCCACAUCGGUGCGAACACUAUAGGCAGGGCUUCGUCAACCUAACGGUGUUGCGCAACCACCAGUGCCAGCACAAUGCGCGGAAGUGUUCCGGCUGCCCGAAAUAG